AUGUUCAAGGAUAGUCUGCAGAUGUUUGUCUUCCUCUGCUGCCUCUGUGUGAGGAUCAGACCUCUGAGCGCAAAGAUGUUGCCUGAACAAGACACCAUAAAGGCCCUUUUGACGACCCCUCAAGUCCAAAAGGUGCAUCCUGUAAAUGUUCAGACUACAUCCAUUCAGGCCGUCUCACUGAAGGCAUCUUGUGCUUCAGCGUGUGUCCCAUCAGGUCUGUCCAGGCUCAUCAGAAUCCCUCUGAGCUUGUUUCCCGACUCCAUCGACGACAUGUAUUACAGCUGCUCCGAGAAGAUGCUGAUCAAAGUGAAACGCCACUACCUCCCGAGGAGCACCAGGGAAGGUCUGAACUCCACAUACACUAAACUAUGUGCCCUCAAAGCCAUGCAGAAUCAGGACGUCUACGACCGCCUGUCCUUGAAUCACUUCAAGGCUCUGUGCGCCUACACAGCAGGGUCAUACGACGGCUUAAACCAAGCAGUCCGUAGGGGGAGGGCUUCCUACAAGACCUCAUUUGAAUUCCACGCCCUCCACUUCCUGCUGUCUGACGCCAUCCGGCUCCUAAAGGUCAACCAGAGAAGCUGCCACACCAGUUAUCGGAGAAGCAACCUGCUCUUCUGCGGGGAGUUGGGACAGACCAUCCGCUUUGGCUCAUUCGCCUCCAGCUCCCUCAACAAAGACCUGCGGCAGUUCGGACGGAGGACCUGCUUUGAGAUACACACGUGUUUCGGCGCCUACCUCAAGGACUAUUCAGAGUUUAGCUCAGACGAGGAUGAAGUGCUGAUUCCUCCACAUGAGAUGUUUAAAAUUGUCUCUGUGGACAUGUCAGGAGAGAAUGAUUUGCACUGUGAUGCUUUCUACAAGCUCGAGACUGCUGGAGUUUACAGCAAUCUCAACUGUCAGGCUGUGGAGCUUUGAAAGCAGGAGAGUACGAUCUUAACACCAUAUUGUAUUAUACUGUUCAAUUAUGCUUCACUGUUUUAAAUGUAU